AUGUCUAUAAUACUCGGGCGCGUCCCGCGCUCUCUGUCAGUACGGCUGGCUAAGGUCGGAUAUCGUCAACCCAGAGCAAACGCGACAUCUCUGAUCCGACUGAUCUCCCAAAACGCAGUCGCAUCAGCUAGAAGCUCUGGGCUUAACGAUCUUCCAUCGGCAUAUACCUGGCUAACAAGAACGCCAGGUCAAAUCACACCAGAUGACGUUCUUUCGAACGUAUCCCCUAUCCCAGAGUCCCUCUCCUCGUUAGACUAUGUACCCGUCCUCCUAAUCACUUCUGCAUUCGCCCACUGGAUCGACGUAUCGUCAAACCCGUUUCUUGAACAAUUUAUCAACUCUUUAUACCCCUCUACACCCAGCCACGAAUCUUUAAGACCCGUCCAUGCCAUUGUUGCCGUGGUCGAUAAGUUACCCGACCUCCGCGUCAGGCUCGAAGAGAUUGCCGACAGCAAAACCCCAUCUGACUCUGAUGGCGUGUCGUUGUUGCUGGUGAAGGCAGAAGACAUACAGGGAACCAUUGCUGUGCCUCGUCGUGUUCGGAGUAUGGAAGCUGCAGAGUCCAGUCUGGUCUUCAAACUCCAAAAUGACGCAUUCUCCAAGGCUUCGCAGAGGUCGACCCAUGAACUUGGACUACGUCUUGCCAAUACAAUAUUCAUUAACGGCAAUGACACCACUCUUUUCGGCACGCGCUGGACCUAUACGCCUUCCCAGCAAUAUACUUUGGAGCAAUCCGUAAAUCUCUCCAACUGUACGGUGACCUCGGCGGUCGCUUCCGUACAAAACUCAUUUAAGCUCCCGUUGUACCCUGUUGGCCAACGAAGGAGAGUUAUAUCAAGCAUGGGAAAUAUCCUUCGUCAAUUGGCAAAGCAUACGGAUAGUCAAUCAACGGAACCAAUGCCAGCUUCAUCUGAACUGGAAAAGGAACUACCCCGCUACAUUGAGGAACACGGCAUUGUUGACCGGAGGGUUUCUGUUUGGGCCCUGAUUGAGAACUCCGAAAAUGGCUUCCAUUUGGAAAACAACGCUAAUAUACAGGAGAGCCUCGUCAAAGCAAUCCGCGCAGGAGGCAAACUCCAUCGGGUUAUGAGUGGCGGCGGUGGAUGGGGAAAGAAACAGGGUCUUCUAUCUUUAGACCCUGAAACGACCUUUGUUGAAGCAGACAAUGAACAGGGGCUCCUGAGUCUGGAAGAUCUCUUCGCAGACCAGGAGAGACAACCACUCUCAGAUAUAUCACCUCCGCCGCCUGCGUUCUUUGAGAUGCCACAACUUGAUGAAAGUAUGUCAAGUCUUUCUCAAGCUGCAGGACCGGGUGACUAUAUCCAGUUUUUUGUCUCCGUAGAAUCAGACCAUGCUCCGGAUUCUCUCAAAGAUGGAAGCAUGCGGUUGACUUUUGGCAUUGUUGCUGAUUCCGAGGCCAUUCCCAGCUCUUCCGAUCGCAUGGAGAAGGAUCUGGGUGUCGUAUCUCAGUUCUUUGGUGCGCUUUCGGAGAAAGCAUUUACUUAUUCGCAACCUGUGAUUGGCACGGGGGCCUCGGAUUCCCUAAAAUCAAGUGCUAAGUUUGAUAUUCCCGGAUGCCGCGUGGCGUUAGUGAUGGAAUGA